UUGUUACGCUAAAUUAUUCACCACAUUAUUUCUUCUACCAUAAGUUUUAAUUUUAGCUAUGGAGUCGAAGAAAAUGUGGUUAAUUUAUUUUGUUAUUUUUGUGGUUAAGUUUAUGGGAAGGGUAAAUGGAGACCCUCAAGUGCCUUGUUACUUUGUAUUUGGAGAUUCAUUGGUUGAUAAUGGCAAUAAUAACAACAUUGCUUCUUUGGCUAGAGCUAAUUACAUGCCUUAUGGUAUUGAUUUUCCUGGUGGACCUACCGGAAGGUUUAGUAAUGGGAAAACUACCGUCGAUGUUAUUGCUGAGCAGUUAGGGUUUGAUGAUUAUCCUCAAGCGUAUGCCGAAGCUAGCGGUCAAGAUGUAUUGAGAGGAGUUAAUUAUGCAUCGGCUGCCGCUGGGAUCAGAGAUGAAACAGGCCAACAAUUGGGAGCAAGGAUUAGUUUCAGUGGACAAGUAACAAAUUACCAGAAUACAGUAUCACAAGUAGUACAAAUACUAGGAGAUGAAAAUCAAGCAGCAAGUUAUUUAAGUAGGUGCAUUUACUCAGUGGGACUUGGUAGCAACGAUUAUCUUAACAACUACUUCAUGCCAAAUUACUAUCAAACUAGCCGCCAGUACACUCCUCAACAAUAUGCUUCUGUUCUUAUUCAAGAGUACUCUCAGCACAUUAAGUCACUGUACAACUAUGGGGCAAGGAAGUUUGCAUUGAUUGGAAUAGGGCAGAUAGGAUGCAGCCCAAAUGAGCUGGCCCAAAGAAGCCAAGAUGGGAGGACAUGUGACGAGACAAUCAAUUCCGCUAACAGGAUGUUUAAUUCUGGGCUUAAAUCUCUAACCCAGCAACUCAACAAUCAGCUAACUGAUGCCCGAUUUGUUUACAUCAAUGUUUACGACAUGUUCCAAAACUUGAUUGACAACCCUUCUAAUUAUGGGUUCAGAGUAACAAAUGCAGGGUGUUGUGGAAUAGGGAGGAACAGUGGUCAAAUUACAUGUUUGCCCUUGCAAACACCAUGCCCUAACAGAAAUGAAUAUGUAUUUUGGGAUGCAUUCCAUCCAGGGGAGGCAGCUAACGUGAUAAUUGGAAGGAGAUCAUACAGGGCAGAAUCGUCAUCUGAUGCGUAUCCCUUCGACAUCGAGAGGCUAGCACAAAUUUGAUUAACUAAGCAUAAUUUAAUAUGAUCAACAAAAUUAAACAAUAUAUUUGUACGUAGAAGAGGGAUUUAUCAUUUAUGUUGAAUUUCCAAAUUCCUAAGGAGUAUAAGAUCGAGUUCCCCCGAUGCUUCAACAAAGAAAGUUUUCGCCGUUUACCAUUUUUGUGCUCUUUUCUUUUCAAUUGUUGUAUGAUUAUUAUAGUUUAUAAACAUUAAAGAUGUGUAUUUGUUGUGUUUUGUACAAUACAGAACUUAUUGGUUAUAGUUGUUGGUUCAAAGUGGAACUUCUUCAUGCAACUAUAAUAUAUUUAAUGUAUAAUUCCAUGAAAUUUUACUUGGUUCAAUUCA